AUGCAAGCGCUGCUUAUCGUCGUCUUCGUGACCCAUGUGUUUCUUCUGAUUGCUGGUCAAAAUUCUGAGAAAAAAUGCAAAAUAUUGAAUCGGGAAGAACACUUCCGUCAGCUGAGUAUCUUCUGGAGAGAACUUCGUUUUAAUGCGGCUCUAGGUCGAGAAUACCAGAAAGUGUAUUUGGGCCCAGGAGGAAAAAUGUAUGGUCUUAUGAUAUAUCCAGAAGCAACACGCUAUGGCUGCUGGGUCAAAGGCAUUGAAAAGAAAUCUAAAUGUCUCGUGAAAGGUGUCUGCCUGUUUGACAAAAAGGCUCCUGAUGAUUUUGAUAUAGAAAAAAUAGGAGACAAGCAAAAAUGUAGAAUUGGACAUGAUGAAGACUGUGACUAUGUGACUCCAGCGACCUGUAAAUAUCCCUUGUGCUACAUCAAGGAGAAGUGA